GUUAGUCAUUCUUAUUUAUCAGUGAAUUUUAAAUGAAUUAAGUUUAUUAGAAACAAAAUGAGAGAUCGCUAGAAUUUUACUGUGCAGAUAUGGCUGUAUAACGUUAAAUAUUAUUUUAAGCUUGUUUAUAUGUUGAAGGGAUCAUGCAGGCUUCUAGAAAUCCGAGUGCCAUAAUUUAGAUUCAUCCAUUGCGGUUCCAGCCCCAAUGGAAUGGCCUCCAUUGAAGCACUGGCACAGAGAUGCAACACCUUCUUCCACAUUAAGCAGCUUCAAGCCCAUCUCCUUACAUCUGGUCACUUCCAGUUCUCCACUUCCCGCUCCAGGCUCAUGGAGCUCUGUGCCAUAUCUCCCGCCGGCGACCUCUCCUUCGCCCACCUCGUCUUCCGCCAAAUCCAUCACCCUUCCACCAACGACUGGAACGCCAUCCUCCGCGGUCUCGCCGUGAGUCCUCAUCCCUACGACGCCGUUUCAUGGUACCGCACCAUGCUGCGAAGGUCCCGCAGAGUCGACGCGCUCACUAGCUCGUUCACCCUCAAAGCCUGCGCUCGUUUUCUGGGUUUCUCCGAGGCCACCCAAAUGCAUUCCCAGAUCGUGCGCUGGGGUUUCGCAGGUGACGCUUUGUUGGGAACCACGUUGUUGGACGUGUACGCUAAAGUUGGCGAUAUCGGCAGUGCUAAGAAGGUGUUCGACGAUAUGUCCGUUAGAGAUAUAGCUUCAUGGAAUGCGUUGAUCUCCGGGUUUGCUCAAGGUUGCAAUGCAAGUGAAGCUUUGGAGCUGUUUAAGAGAAUGGAGAGUGAAGGGUUCAGUCCUAAUGAGGUCACCGUUCUCGGUGCUCUAGCGGCAUGUUCGCAUAUGGGGGCUUUCAAAGAAGGAGAAAAAAUUUACGAGUAUAUAACAGACAAGAAGUUGGAUUUGAACGUAAUAGUUUGCAAUGCAGUAAUUGAUAUGUACUGUAAAUGCGGACUUGUUGGUAAGGCGUGUCGGGUGUUUGAUAGCAUGAGUUGCGGGAAGAGUCUUGUUACCUGGAAUACGAUGGUAAUGGGGUUUGCUAUGCAUGGUGAUGGAGAUAAGGCGCUCCAGCUUUUUGAGCAAAUGGGUCUAAAUGGCGUACACCCAGAUGCUAUAUCUUACCUUGCUGCCUUAUGCGCUUGUAACCAUGCUGGCUUGGUGGACCAUGGCGUUAGGUUGUUUAAUUCCAUGGCAAGUCAUGGAGUGAAGCCUAACAUGAAGCACUAUGGGAGUGUGGUUGAUUUGCUAGGCCGAGCAGGGCGGCUCAAGGAGGCAUAUGAUAUAAUAACUUCAAUGCCUAUGAUGCCUGACGUGGUGCUUUGGCAAAGUUUGCUUUUCUCUUGCCAGAUUUACGCCAACAUUGAAUUGGCUGAAACUGCUAUGCGAAAGCUAGUCGAGAUGGGAUCAAACAACUGUGGAGAUUUUGUGUUGUUGUCGAAUGUCUAUGCUGCACACGAGAGGUGGAAUGAUGUGAGGAGGGUGAGGGAUGCCAUGAAGAAAAGGGAUGUGAGGAAGGUGCCUGGAUUUAGCUACAUUGAAGUGGAAGGUGUCAUACACAAGUUUUUUACUGGUGAUAAGAGCCAUGACAAUUGGAGAGAGAUUUAUGGGAAGCUGGAUGAGAUUAGGUUCAAGAUUAAGGAGUUGGGAUAUGUGGCCGAGACCAAUUUUGUGUUGCAUGACAUAGGGGAGGAGGAGAAAGAGAAUGUAUUGUGUUAUCACAGUGAGAAAUUGGCUGUUGCUUUUGGACUGAUUAGUACAAGAGAAGGGACUCCAAUGCAAGUAUUUAAGAACCUGAGAAUAUGUGGAGAUUGUCAUAUUGUAUUUAAGCUUGUAUCAAAGAUAUAUAGCAGAGAAAUUUUGGUGAGGGAUCGAGUUCGGUUUCAUAGAUUUAAAGAAGGUUCUUGCUCAUGUAGAGAUUAUUGGUGAAAUUCAUUUGCUCAUGUCCUUUCAAUAAUUGCUUGGGAGAAAAAUCCAUCUUAUGGGAGAAAAA